AUGGCGACGACCCGCUCGCUCCUCCUCUGCGCCGCCGUCCUCCUCGCCGCCCUCUCCUGCACCUUCGCCGCCGACGCGCCCUUCCUCGUCGCGCACAAGAAGGUGGCCCUCUCCCGCCCCAAGCCCGGCGUCGAGCGCCUCGCCGUCUCCCUCGACCUCUACAACCAGGGAUCCGCAACUGCAUAUGAUGUGGCCAUUAAUGAUGACUCGUGGCCAAAGGAAGCAUUUGAACUUGUCUCUGGAGAGGUCUCAAAGACUUUGGAAAGGCUUGAACCUGGUGCCACUGCUUCGCACGCGUUUGUAUUGGAGAGCAAAACACAGGGCAGGUUCCAAGCUUCACCUGCUGUUAUCAAGUACCGUGUUGCCACAAAGGCUGCACUUCAGGAGGCCUACUCAACUCCCAUCCUCCCCCUGGACAUUCUUGCUGAAAGACCUCCAGUGAAGAAGUUUGAAUGGGCUAAGAAACUUGUUGCGAAGUAUGGAGCACUGGUGUCCGUUGUUUCCUUCGUUCUGGGGUUCAUCUACCUGGUCGCGAGCCCAUCGAAAUCUGCCGGCUCAAAGUCUGGCAAGAAGAGGCGCUGA